GAACUUGUAUUGCUUAUACGUAGUCGUCUAGAAUGGCGUGCACCAAAAAUAUUGGAUAACGAACAUAUUAUCAGUGAACGAAGAAAAGAAAUCGAAAAUUCGUUGAUUAGUAAAGAUGGAAAAGCUGAAAAAAUGAAUGAUAUGCUUUCGAUGAUGAUAAAGUCUAAUACAUCUUUGAAUACCAAUAAUUCGACUGAUGAUACGAAUUCGGAAUUAAAACGAUCAAUGACUGAUCGUGAAAUCCUUGGAAACGUAUUGGAUUCCUUGUUUGGUGGAAUUGCUACGACGGGAAGUAGAUUUAUUCAUAUGGUUAAUAUCUUAGCAAAAAAUCCAAAUGUAAUUCAUCGAUUUCGUCAAGAACUUGAUUCAGUAUUUGGCGAUGACCUUGAACGCCCAAUCACAACCCAUGAUCUUUCAAAGCUUAAAUAUGGCGAGGCAAUACUCAAUGAAGUUUUUAGAUUUGAUCCUAUACUUAAAAUGGGUGCACGAGUAAAUACUGAGCGUGAAGAAGUUGCCGGACAUAUGUGGCCCGAGGGCACCGCAUUUCAUAUAAAUAUCGAGAGGAUACAUCUUAAUAAAUCCCAUUGGCAAAAUCCUGAAGUGUUUGAUCCUGAUAGAUUUAUGAACAAUGUCAACAUAUCAAAAAAUACUUUGAUUCAGUUUGGUGGUGGUGUGCGAAUGUGUCCUGGAAGGAAAUUUGCUUCUAUUAUUGUUAAAGGAAUGAUGACAAUGUUAUAUAGAAAAUAUGACGUUGAAUUAGUGCGUGAAAAUGAUACAACUUACUAUAGAGAUUAUUUAUUCGCUUAUUAUCAUAAUUUUAAUACAAGACUCAGACUCAGAACUAUUAAAGCUUCUUAA